ACGAUUUAAAAAUUUAUCAGCUGUAAGGAUGCGUAAUGACACACGGAGGAAUUUACCAUCCCAAGUUAUCUUCAUCUUCAUCUUUAAAUAUGCCUUAUAAAGAACAUAUCUAAUUUUCAUAAGAAAUGGAUUCCGAGGCGACAACGUCUGAAAAUGCUGGAUUAGAGAAAGAAUUUCUCAUCGAAGAUCCAGGUGAAAGUUUUUGGCUCCAACUGAUGGCAGAGUGUCAGGCAAACGCGCCAAACAAACUGCCUUCUUCCAAAUCUGUUCUUGUGUUGGGUGAUGAUGAUGCUGGAAAAGCUCAGCUGAUUGCAAGACUUCAAGGCAGUGGAGAAAAGCUUCGGAAAGGUAAUGGUCUUGAAUAUCAUUUCCUCAAUGUUAGAGAUGAAUACUGCGAAAACUCAACUAAACUCGACAUUUGGAUGUUGGACGAGGACCCUUGCUUCCAGAGACUUUUGAAAUACGUUCUGAACAGUGACGUCAUAUCAGAUACCACGGUGAUUUUAACUGCGUCGAUGGCAAAACCGUGGAACAUUUUCUACUCCAUCUGCACGUGGGUGCAGAUUUUGGAUAAACAUAUUGCAAGCUUGAACAUACCACCAGAUAUCAUGGAAGAAAAAAGAUCAAAAGUUUUAGAUAGAUAUAGAAAGUACGUUGAACCAACACAAAGUAUCUACGGUUCACUAGAGGAUCAAUACAGCAACGAAGAAAUCGAACACAAUUUAGGCUUAGAUAUUAUAGUAGUUAUUACUAAUAAUGACUAUAUGACGACCCUGCAAACUGAAUUUGGUUACGUAGAUGAACAUUUUGAUUUCAUGCAACUGACGCUCAGGAAAUUCUGUUUAUCAUACGGUGCAUCAUUGUUCUAUGUGUCAGUAAAAGAGGAUCGGAAUUGUGAUAUCUUACUGAAAUAUAUUUUGCAUAAAGUGUACGGCUUUCCGUUUAGAAUUCCCGCGAUGUUUCUUGAUCGAGAUUCUAUUUUUGUACCUGCGGGAUGGGAUAGUGAGAACAAAAUACUAACUUUAGCUGAAUCUCUGGCAACUAUUGCUUUCUCGUCCCCGUUUGAGGACGUCAUCAUCAAGCCUAGUCGACUGUGCGACGAAAAAAGAAUCUGCACCGAAGUCGAAGCACAAACUGAUCAAGAUUUUUUACACUUUUUGGAGUCAUCACUGAGGCAGCCCUUAGAAGUUCCUGAUCCCAACAAUAGAGAUAGUUCUUUCUCAGCCACGUCAACGCAGAGAAAUACCUCAAGAAGGGUUUCGCGGUCCCCUGGUGUCCGUUCUCCGCAGAAAAAAUUGGAGGCAAAGCUUGCUAGUGGAGAAGGAGACACGGUGUUGCACACAUUUUUCAAAAGUCUUUUGAACAGGCGAACCAGUGCACCAGUGGACAGACCCAUUGGAAUGUCCGGCAAUCGCGCAUACAACCCUCCUUUAGGCUCUCAGAAAUCCUCAAACAUAUCGUUAGAUGGUGGCGCUUUUAGUUAUGGUAACGCCGAUGUAUUAGCGGAAGGGGACAAAGAGUUCAAUAACCCUGUUGGGAAAUAUAAAUCAAGUAUUGAGCAAGAGAGCUUACCUGUAGUCGAUGAGCUUAAAGAUCCAAUGGAAAUGAAGGCUCCAGAACUUCCCGAUAAUGCUGACCCAUUCACUGAAUUCAUUAAGCGUUACAAAGAGCAUCACGCAUCAAAAGCUGGCGAAACGAGCAACGUGGCUCAGUCUUCCUUGGAAGAAGAUGGUGACGAAAAAGACAUUCAGCAAUUACCAGAAUACUUCAUGAGCAGUCAAGGCUCUUCGUUUUGCCCCACUGAUUGCUGCUAUCAAAAUAAAUCUUCUGAUUUGAAUGAUUUCGUGAUCGAUGACGCAUGCAUUGAUAGAGUUAGGAGCAAGUUCAAUCCACCCCUUCGAUUGCUGCUUGAAAAAUCUUACAAUACUGGCCCACAAGCUUCUUUUACCGGUGGGCAUGAUGAAUGCAUUAAACGGGCUUCCUCUAACCCCCAGAAUCAAAAUGGAACGUUUUUUCCAACUUCUUCCCUGGUAAAUGGAAAGGCAGAGUGCUCAGACGAUUCUGCAAGACCCAUUGUUCCUGACUUAUUGAAAGAGACUAUGAUAGCAAAAAAAGAAAGCAAAGAAACCCCUAUUAUCGUUAAAGACUCUUAGUGUGUUGUUUCUAAAUAUUACUUUGUAUCAGUACCAUUAUCUACUAUAAAAAAAGAUAUAGCUUAGUAUUUUGUUUCGAUAUUUUUACAAAGUUCUUUUUGCAUUUUACCAGUUAAAAUCUUAAAAGUAACUUUUUAGUGCUAAGAUAUUGACUGUAAUCAUUGAUUUCAAAUUUAUGGUUUUUGGACAAAAAGGACUAAAAAAGUUUCAACUAUUUAUUUAUUUAUUUUAUUACUAUUAAAAUUAUUUUUAUAUACAUAUUAAUUUUGCUUUAAAUAUUAAAAUGAAGUAGAAUUAAUUUUUAAUUAAAAACAGGUUUACCUAAAAUUGUUUGUAAAUCCCAUUGGAAUAAUAUAUUUUUUAUGAUGCAUAGAAGUAUGAUAUAUAUUUACUUACUUAUUUAUUGUUAAUAUUUAUUUAUACUAUUGCUGUUUACAUUCGGAAAAAUUCCAUUAGAUUUAUUCUUUUUACCUUUUGCUUACGCUUGGUACAAGAUGUGGACCAGGAUAAUACAGUAAGCAAAGUUUAAUUCAGAUUUUGGUACUGAUCCUAAUUUAUCUAUGCAAUGAUUGUUUCUUCGUUUCAUUUAUUAUUUUUAAGCUUUAAAUAUAAAAAAUAUGACCUGCAAGUGUUUUUUUUCUGCUUAAGCGUUUACUUUCUAUAAAUGCUCAACAAAAAAUAGUGCUUUGUAUAAUUGUAUGUUGUUAUAACUGUUAUUGACUUGCAAAAUGUAAGUGUUUUUGCCUACCUGAAAUUACUCUUCAAAACUUUGAUGCUAUAAGAUAUUCUUAAUAUGCAUAAAUUAUCGAAGCAGUGCUGUACUUAAAACUAUGCAACAAUCCGAUGGCUUUGAAGAUUAAAUUAUUUAAGUUUCUUCGGAGCAGGCCUUAAAAUUAUGCCUUUCACGAGAGAAUUUUUUUCGGUAUAAAAAUUUUAAUGUGCCAGAGUUAGUGAUGUGUAAAAUGUCUGACCUUUAGUACCCUAAGCUAAAUUGUUGUUAUUUUCGGCAAUUCAUAAAAUAAUAAAAUGAUUUAUUACUGUACUUCAAAUGCCUCAAAAGUAAUUUAUUACAUGGAGAAUACAUGAUUGCCUGUAUUUGUUGUAUUAAAAAAAUAUUUAUGUUUCAGAAUGAUUGAUUGGC